UGCAUCUGCUUCUUGCCCGAGCCCGGAGGAUGUCGAACGCCGGCGGCGGCAGCAGCAGCAGCCUCACCCCGCAGGUGCACUGGGCGCAGCGGCACCACGAGCUCUACCUGCGCGUGGAGCUGAGCGAUGUGCAGGAUCCUAAUAUAUCCAUUACAGAUAAUGUGCUCCGUUUCAAAGCUCAAGGCCAUGGUGCCAAAGGAGAUAACGUGUACGAAUUUCAGAUUGAGUUCCUAGAACCCGUGAAACCCCAGCUGGCCUAUAAAAUGACACAGAGGCAGCUGAACAUCACCGUGAAGAAGGAAGAGAGCCAUUGGUGGGAGCGGCUGACCAGGCAGGAGAAGCGGCCGCUGUUUCUGGCUCCCGACUUUGAUCGCUGGUUGGAUGAGUCCGAUGCUGAGAUGGAGCUCAGAGCAAAGGAGGAAGAAAGGAUUAACAAGAUCAGCCUAGAGAACAGAGUCCCCAGAGACCCUUUCCGACACUUGAAGAGAGGAUACUUGUUCAUGUACAACCUUGUGCAGUUCCUGGGCUUCUCCUGGAUCUUCGUGAAUAUGACGGUUCGGCUUUUUAUGCUGGGAAAAGACUCCUUCUUCGACACAUUCUACACCACGGCGGACAUGAUGUACUUCUGCCAGAUGCUGGCAUUCAUGGAGAUCGUCAACACGUUGAUCGGACUUGUCAGAGCUCCAAUCCUGCCUAUUCUAGUCCAGGUCUGCGGGAGGAAUUUUGUUUUAUUUCUCGUCCUUGGCGGCGUGGAGGAAAUGCAGAGCAAAGCAGUUGUCUUUUUCGUCUUCUACGUCUGGAGCAUGGUUGAGAUAUUCAGGUACCCAUUCUACAUGCUGUCCUGCAUCGACAUAGAAUGGAAGGCUCUUACCUGGAUUCGGUACAGCAUCUGGAUCCCUCUCUACCCUCUGGGCCUCUUGGCAGAAGCUGUGUCGGUGAUCCAGGCCAUUCCAGUCUUCAACAGCACGGGGAGAUUCAGCUUCAUGCUGCCUCAUCCCUUGAACAUCACCAUUCCGUUUUCCGUUUUCCUUCAACUCUAUCUUGUGCUGCUGUUUCUAGGGCCAUUUGUAAAUUUCCGUCAUCUCUACAAGCAACGGAAGCGACACCUUGGACCAAAGAAGAGGAAAGUGCAUUAGGCCCAAGACUGAAUUAGUUUCAUAUUCUAAUCUCCCUUGAAGGCAGGAUUAAGUCUGUCUGUUUCUCUCUCUCUCUCUCUCGUAUUCCUAAUGGUUUUAUUCGCCUUGUUAAUCCUGAAAAUCAGUUUUGUACAGUUAUAGUCAGCUUGGUUCCUCUUCUUCUCCCCCCAGCAGUUAUCCAGGCUGCAUUUCCCCACACAAGCUCGAUCGAGCUGUUCUUGGGUCAAGUGAAAGACUGAAAGCACUGUAGUACUAGAACUUGCCUCCUGUGGCAUAUGCAAGCGGAGCCCUUUCUGUGAAUAAAACCUCCCUCUGUGGGAGAAAAACAGCCACCUUCAGCCUCCUGCCACAACCUCCACAGGCAAGAGAUUUCCAAUUAGCAUAUGGCAUUUUGGGGGGCUGGUUUUAGUCCAGACUCUUAAAAUGGCCCAAGGAGCAGAGAAACAGGACAGUCACAGCUACAAUAUUAAGGGUCAUAAGCUAGGCCCUGAGAAUAGUAAGGGUGAGAAGUGAUCCUCGUUAUAAUUAAUAGGUUUGUCACCCUGACCCUCCCUUACUGCUGGUAGUGGAAAUUACUAGCUUUGGGGUUAAGGAAGAAGCACUUCAGUCUGGUUAGAUUCUUUACACCCUUAUUCUAGGCCCCUUAAUAGGGGAAGCAAAUCCUACUGUUUGGAAUAUCGUUUUCUUCUGUAGUAGGGCACUCCUUGUGAUGCAGGGUUGACCUUGUGGACCCCACCACCACCUCCACCAAUCUGCUUCAGGAGGCCUUUUGAAUCUACCUACGUUUCUAGAAAUAGCCCAGAGAGCGGUUUGUCUUCUGUCCUUGGUCUUGUGGGGGAAACGUCAAUUGUCCAUCACUCUUUCACGACACAUUGAUUCACCAAAGCACGUAGACAACUUCCAGAGUUAUUAGGUUUCAUUUACUCCAGGUGGGUAAAUGUUUGGGGUGUAGUUUUUAUUAUCACAAAGCCCUGGGCUGCCAUACUUGGUGCCACCAACUUUUAAAAGAGCACCAUAUCCUCUGUUGCUUGUUUGGUCAGUCUGAAUACUUUCCCCACCAUCCUCUUAAAAUUCCAUUUUUUUGGUAGGGUGCAGGCACGUGUGUGUCAUGCAUCUAUCUGUCUCUGCUGGUCUCUCAGAAGGCAAGCCACAUGUAUUUCUAAUAAAGAUUUAAGAACAUA